GCACAUGACACACGACACCCACAAGUAUGAGAAAACAAAAGAAAACAAAUUUCCCAUUCUAUUGAGCUGAAAACAAACGAAACCUCAUCCAUGGCUUCUCUUCUCCGUUGCAACGGAGUCUUCCUCUCCCCCUUACCUCCCCAACCCAGACGCGACCCCAUCCUUCCCAAAUUCUUUCUCCCCCAAUCCCCAAAUCCUAAACCGUCACGCCUCCUGACGGUGCGCGCGGAGGUGAAAGAGACCUCCUCCGCCGCCGCCACCACCACCACCACCACUUCCUCCGACGACAAGAUCCGCGAAAUCCUCCGCAACCGCGACUACGACAAGAAAUUCGGGUUCAGCGUGGACAUCGAGUCUUUGACAAUCCCAAAAGGGCUCUCGAAAGAAACCAUCCGUCUGAUCUCGUCCCUGAAAGAGGAGCCCCAGUGGAUGCUCGAAUUCCGCCUCAAGGCCUUCGAGAAAUUCCUGUCCAUGAAGGAACCCACCUGGUCUGAUAACACUUACCCCCCCAUCGACUUCCAGAACAUCUGCUACUACUCCGCUCCCAAGAAUAAACCCUCACUCCAAUCCCUCGACGACGCCGACCCCGAGCUUCUCCGCUACUUCGACAAGCUCGGUGUCCCUCUCAACGAGCAGAAGCGCCUCGCUAACGUCGCCGUUGACGCUGUCCUCGACAGCGUCUCCAUCGCCACCACUCACCGCAAAACCCUAGAAAAAGCCGGCGUCAUUUUCUGCUCCAUCUCCGAGGCCAUUAAGGAGUAUCCUGAUUUGGUGAGAAAGCAUUUGGGAAGAGUUGUCCCCUCCGACGACAACUACUACGCCGCGUUGAACGCCGCCGUCUUCAGCGACGGGUCGUUUUGCUACAUUCCGAAGGACACCAAGUGUCCUAUGCAGAUUUCGACUUACUUCAGAAUCAACGCGUUGGAGACAGGGCAGUUUGAGAGGACUUUGAUUGUCGCCGAUGAUCGGAGCUCUGUGGAGUAUCUGGAAGGGUGCACUGCGCCUUCCUAUGACCGGAAUCAGCUCCAUGCCGCGGUGGUGGAGUUGUAUUGCGGCGAGGGGGCGGAGAUUAAGUACUCCACGGUGCAGAAUUGGUACGCUGGGGAUGAAGAAGGGAAGGGUGGGGUUUACAAUUUCGUGACGAAGAGAGGGCUGUGUGCUGGUGCCGGGUCGAAGAUAUCGUGGACGCAGGUGGAGACGGGUUCGGCGAUCACGUGGAAGUACCCGAGCGUUGUGUUGGAGGGAGAUGGCAGUGUGGGGGAGUUUUAUUCUGUGGCUUUGACGAAUAACUAUCAACAGGCCGAUACAGGGACGAAGAUGAUACACAAAGGGAAGAACACAAGGAGUAGGAUUAUAUCAAAGGGGAUAUCGGUGGGGCAUUCCAGGAACUGUUAUAGAGGGCUGGUUCAGGUUCUGUCCAAGGCCGAGAAUGCCCGAAACUCCUCGCAGUGUGACUCUAUGCUCAUUGGUGACAAUGCAGCUGCAAAUACCUAUCCUUACAUUCAGGUGAAAAAUCCAACAGCAAGAAUCGAACAUGAAGCUAGUACGUCCAAAAUUGGUGAAGAUCAAUUGUUUUAUUUUCAGCAAAGGGGAAUAGACUAUGAAAAAGCAAUGGCUGCUAUGAUCUCUGGAUUUUGCCGUGAUGUCUUUAAUGAGCUUCCUGAUGAAUUUGGUUCUGAGGUGAACCAACUCAUGAGCUUGAAGCUUGAGGGAUCAGUAGGUUAAACUUAAACAGCUUGUUAAGCAUAUCAUUAUAUGGAAUUUGCUCAGGCCAUUUGUUCCUGAAAUUGUCAAAGUCCUUAUAGGUAGUGUAUUCGGAAGGAUGUGUAUAUGUUUGUAUAUAGAUGCUGUCUUCAACUGCACCCUGCAAAAGUGGCCUGAAACAUAGCCAGUUUUGAACCUUAAUAAAUGAUCAUUGCAAUCCUAUAAUGUUGUUUGUGAAUUCA